AUGCGCCUAUAUGGAGACAGCCUUAGCUGCUCUGUUUGCUACGACAAAUUGCCCGAUGUCGCCGUCGUUUUCAAGUGUGGCCACUUCUUUUGCACCGCUUGCUACAACGAUGUUCUUGGGAAUGGAAUCUGCCCCAUGUGCCGCAAACUGAUGCGCGGCUACAAGUAUCUGGCCCUCAUCCACACAGAACGCAGCGCUGCCCCAAAUUAUGUGUCCGGGCAUAAAUUCUCUGGCGAGCUGGCCAGGAUGAGUUACGACGAAUCAGAAGGGGGGGAGAACAUCGUUGCUGGUCCUCGCUCGGUUGGGUUUCUGUUCCUCGCCGUCUAUUUUAUCAUGAUUGCUGUUGAGCUGGUGGUAGCGAUGGCCCCCAACAUGAGGGUGCUCGGCCUUCAAGGUUAA